ACAGUGUAAAUUUCAGUGGAGGCGGAUCCGGAUCCAAGAAUAGAAUCUUUUAUAACGCUGUGUGACGUGCGGAUUUCUCAAAUAUUACACUAAAACUCUACGAUAGAUAUUCUCAUUCCAUUCGAAACAGUCGGUAGUGUUGUGUUCGUUGUGUUUAGAUAAAAUUCAAAUUUGAAAUUAAUUUUUUUUCGAGUAACGUAAAGGAACACUUUUGAUAAAAUGGUUUACGAAUCUGAUUUCUACACUACUCGCAGGCCUUACAGCCACAGCCGACCAACGGUUACUUCGUAUUCAGUAACGAAUCCUCGUCUCACUCCUGCUAUUGGAAAGCGAACGUGUGUGGAUUUUAUUACACAGGCGCAAACGUACCAUCCAUCUAUACCAUUUAUCGCUCAUAAAAAACUGACCACUGUAACCACCCCUGUACCGCAUAACUCUGUGCGUAAAACCGUCAUUAGUAAUACGUUGGAUCGUAUUCAUCAUAAACCCAGAUCACAUCAGAGUUACGACCCUAUGGAAGACUUUUUGAAUGAAAGAUCAGUUACAUCAUUCGAAGAUGUGACGAGGUCCAUUCGAGCUAACACGGCUGCGUUGUUGAAAAAAGUCCAUACGCCUAUUCCUAGGUCUGUCAAACCGUUGUCAGUCAGUAAUCUUUACAAUCAUACUGAAAUCCCAAUCGCUGAUAGAAUAUCAUCGGAUGAAUAUAUUUGGCAUUUAUUAAGGCCACUGCCAGGAAAGCCCAGUAAUGGUAUAGAUGUUGGUUACUAUCCCGAAUCAUCUACGAAAAUUCCUCUUGGCAAAACACAUUUAGCCUGCGUAUCGUAUGCCGGAGGUCAUCCAAUCGCAAAACGAAGACAGCUCGUAGCAGGACCAGGAGACGACUACCGUAAUGUACGAAACGAUGUCGAACUUUUAUCUCAUUACACUAGAAUGAGGCAAGCAGCAAACCAACCUCAUGAAAAUGGAAUCGUUAGUAAUGAUGCGAGUAACAGUGGAGCCAGUCGUUUCAAACAUUAUGCACCUACUACACCACACACAACUGAAAAGGUCACCACAAACGGCCCACUUUCCGCAUCGUUGAACGAAGACGAUAAAGAAAACGUAGUCAGCAACGCUCAAAAACCCUUAAAGAAAAAACCAUCGAGAGACAUUUCAGUCGACGAAGAUCAAAAACAAAGAGACCAAGAGAAAGCUCUGAAAGAAAAACAAGCCGAGGAAGAACGAGAACGAGAACGUUUACUAGAACAAGAACGUAAAGCCGAAGAAGAACGCCUGGAACAAGAACGUAUCGCCGAACAAGAACGUAAAGCGGAACAAGAACGUCUCGAAGAAGAAGAACGCAAAGCCGAAGAAGAACGUCUAGAACAAGAACGUAAAGCGGAAGAAGAACGCUUAGAACAAGAACGUCUCGCCGAAGAAGAAAGAUUAGCCAAAGAAGAAGAAGAAAAACAACGUCUUCUGGAGGAAAAACUCGUCGAAGAGUAUCACAGAGAACAAGAACGAAUAGCCGAAGAACAACGUCAACGAGAACUAGAAUACGCCGAAGAGCAGCAAAAACUAGCUCAGCAGAAAUUAGCCGAAGAACAAAAACUUCUACACGAAAAACUACUAGAAGUUAAACAACAACAAGAAGCCGAAGAAGAAAACGUAGAGAAAGACGAAGAAGAAGAAGAGGAAGCCGAUGACAAAUCCGAACCGGUUCAAAUCGAAGAAGUAACUGAUGAAAAUGACACCGAAUACGUGAAAUGCAACAAUAUCCCAAAAGAUACCGAUGAAACCGAGAAGAAAAACGAAUCCGCUGAAGAAUCUGAAGAAGCCAGUGACGAAGAACCGGCCAUUGCAGAAAAUGUCCAACAAAAUGGUAGCAUCGAAGCCGACCAAGUUGUCGUUAUCAAGAAAACAAUCAGAUCAACGUUCGAAUACGAAGAGCAAUACGGUACGAAAUCCUUCGAUAAAAAUGAUGAUGAGAAAUCAGAGAACACCGAUGCUAAUUCUGAUAUCUCCGAAGCCGAAGAAGAACCUAAUAAUUCCACUGUUCCUGAUGCUGAUAGUAAAGACCAAAACGAAGCCAAGGAAAAUAAAGAAGAAGAGGAAACGGAGGAGGAGAGUGAAGAAGACGAGGAGGAGGAAGAAGAAGAGUAAUUCAAUCAUGUUUGUGACCUUUUUCCUACCCAGAAUGCCACAAUCUUUUUUCUUUUCAUAUGAAAAUUAUAUCAUUGGUUCGAAAAAUGUUUCCAAGUUGAAACCCAUUUAGGUACCUAAUUUUUAUAGGUGCUACAUUAUUCGCCCCCUACUUAUUUAUUUAUUCUUUUAUAUGGAAUGUAACGUAUUCAAUAAAUGAUAUAAAUUGUUUUUAUAUAA